UCCUCAAUAUUGUCAUGUCACAAACACAGCUCUAGGUGUGCGUGUGUUUGUUUUUUUUGGAUAGAAAACGUAAACAUGUGAGAACCAGUAAAGGCAGUAAAUGUAAAAAUGGACUAUUUAUUUCAUUAUAGUUGAUCUGUUUUCCUUCAAAGGGACUGGCUCUUUAACUAUUUAUGGAAAUGAUUGGAACAGAUGGACUCAGAUAAUUCUGUUACUGUUGAGCUUCUAUGUAACCCGGAUUAAAAUAAUCAGGAAAACCAGUCUAGUUUUUCUAUGAUGCGGAAUCAAGGUUACCUGGACUGUUACUUGAUCUAUUUAAUGAUUACGAACUUUGUGAAGACGUUCGGUAAAAAUGUCACGAGUCAGGUGGUGGGAUUCUGAUGACGCGGACAGUUCUGCGGAGUUCUCCGGGGAUAUGGCAUCCUUUGACAGUGGUUCCAAAGAAGAACCUGAUGAAAAUGUUGGGACUGAUGUUGACGGAACAAUUGAUAACGCCACAGAACUAAGAAUGGAUAACUCUUCGGAAUUUAGGAUGGAUAACUCUACAGAACUAAGAAUGGAAAGUGAAAGUCCUUCAUCAGAAUUGGAAAAAUUACAAAGUGGAAAUACUAGUGACAAUGAAUCUAUGGAAUCAGGCAAGAAUGGAAGUUACGAUGUUAAUCCAGAGGUUAAUGCUGAUAAUAUUAGAAUAGAUGUAACAAAUGGUAAUGAAAAUGGUGAUAUUGAUAUAAGUGGUAAUGUUAGUAGUGAUGGUAAAAGUCAAGCAAUGUUUAUAGAUCUUCAAGAGCCAAUUACGAAGAAAUUAAAAUCUGAUAGGAGGUUAACAGAUAGUGUUUUACUAGAGAAACAUUCAAGUGAUGGUAGUAGUAGAUUAAAUGAAAGUCUCGGUAGUAGACCAAGUUCUGCAGCAAGUUCGGGAAAAAGUGGAACACCAGGAAAAGAAAAAGGCGAGGACGCCAAAAAAUUAUACAUGAUAUGGAGUGGAAGAGUAGAUCCUAUAAAGAGGGAGAAAGAACGGGAGCGUGAGGAGAGAAUUAAACACGCACAGCUGAAACUGAAUGAGGAACGUCAACGUAAGAUAGAGGAGAUGCGGGAGCAGCAACGUUUAGCGCAGGAAAACCGAGAAAAACAGCUAGAAGCCCGCAGGAGAAAGAUCGAGGACUUGAAGAAGAGAGAAGAAGAAAGACGUAAACAGGUUGAAGAGAGAAGACGUUUACAAGAAGAGACAGAUCGAGCGAAAAAGGAAGCCAUUUUAAGCAAAGCGAAGGAAAGAUUGACACGAUACGAGCAGUGGAAAGCACAUGGUCGUAAAGGUGGGCGCAGACAUGUUCUCGGCUUCGGAAGCCGGACACCGCGUGAAGUGUGCUUUACGCUAGAUGCAAGACGUUCUUCGUCUCAAAGCACGCUUAGACGCUCCCCUAACAGCUCCGAUUAUGACUCAUACUUUAAUCGGCGUGCAGUGUCGGCUAGCAGUGUAGUACGCCGGCACUGUUGCAUAGAUAUUAACAAACUCACUCAGGGGACGGCUCGACAAGAUCCAUAUGGCGGAACUUUGUACCGAUAUUUCAGUACCUAUUUUAUAAGUAUGAAAUCCUCUUCUCAGCUGAAUGGCUUUAAAGCACGGAUUUGUCGUCGUUACCCCGGGGAAUCCCCACCCUCCAAAAAAUUAUCAGUGUCUAUGAGUGCCUUGUAUCAUAAACGCAGUCCCGAUUUCUCUUCUACUGGUGCCCUGCAUACAAAGGGUUCAAGCAACCUUAAAAAGGACGGGGCAGAAUCCAUGAUGGCUCUCCAUUCCAUUCCCGAAAACCGACUUGGCCGCUCUAUUGUAGCCUCCGCACCUCCCACAAAGCAUAAAAGCGCAGUGAAUCUAGCAGGCGUGAAGAUGAGAGACCCGUCAAAGACGUCACCACGGAAACCACGACCAUCUAGUGUAGCGACCUCUAUGCCAAGUUUCGUAAGAGUUGAGACUGAUUCGCCGAAGUCACGAAGUAAAAGUACAGAAAGAGGUCCAAGAGAUCGUAGUAAAGGAAGAGUUUCUAUAAAGACCGAUGAUGAUAAAAGUGAUGGCAAGGACAGGAAAGCAGCAACUCUUCCGAGACCUUAUGAUAGAAAGAAGAUAGAAGAACGUAGACAGGAAGUCAAGAAAAAGACGGAGGAAAGGAAAGAACGAGAGAAAGAAAAAGAAAGGAUGACAAAAUCAGAAAUACAGCAAGAUUCAAAAGAAAAGGAGAAGCCUCCGCCCAGAAUGUCAAGGUCGUUCGUGGAGAGAAUGUCGGCUCCCAAACAUCCAUCAGCUGAGAAUAAGAAGGAACCAGUGCGAGAGUCAACACCCGUCAAGGUUACAAGAAGAAGUGGCCCAAUAGAGGCCCCGGUAUCUGCUAAACAGCUGCUAAUUAGGAAGCGACCAACUAAAUACACUGCAAAGACUCCGGUGAAAGACAAGCCACCAAAGGCACCCAAAGAGUCACCUAUCAAGAGUGCCCUCAAGAGCGCAGCAAAAGAAGACUCCUCUGAUACCAAAUCAGAUUCUUCAAAAUCUGUUAGCCCCGCCCCCUCAGGCACACCUCCAGCUAGAGGAACGCCCACAAUACAAGUUGAGGAAGCUGGAGAAGUUCCAGUCACUGUUGAAGGUGAGGAACCAGCUGUGAAAUCUGAGAGCCCAGAACCAGAGGAGCGCAGGGAACCAGUUGUCAGAAUCACUGAGCCGGACAUCUCAAGAUCUCCUCCGAGAACUAAACCCGAGGCCAAGCAGCCAACACCGGAACCGAAACAGUCGACACCGGAGCCUAAAGCAGCACCUAAAGCUGAUAAACCGAAGACCGACAAGGAACGUGAGAUGGAAGAAUAUAAAGCUAAGUUGGCAGAGAAGAGAAGACUAGCCAGAGAAAAGGCAGAACGUGAGGCUGAAAUCGAACGUCUUAAACAAGAGGAAUUGCAGCGUCAGGAAGAGGAGAGACAGAGGUUGGAGGAGGAGAGACAGCGGAGGGAAGAGGAGGAGGCUCUGAGGCUUGCAGCUGAGGCUCGACAGAUUGAGGAGGAGAGGCUACAGAAAGCUAUUGAGGCUGAGGAGAAAAGAAAACGGGAAGAGGCUGAGAGACAAGAACAGGAUAGGAUUGCUAAAGAGGAGGCCGAGAAGAAAGCAAAGGAAGAGGCGGAGAAAAGAGAGAAAGAGAUGCAGGAACGGGCUCGUAGAGAGGAAGAAGAACGUAUAGAGAGGAAAAAGAGGUUAGAGAUGAUAAUGAAGAGAGUUAAAACAGACAGUCCAAGUUCUACACCUGAGAAAACUAGGACUGAUUCUCCAACACGUGUUGUAACAUCUUCAUCAAGUAGAACCAGUCUGGUUUCCUCUGAAGACGAAACUGACAAAGAAGAGAAGACUGACAGUCUCAAACCAGAGUCUGACGAUACGCCAAAAUUCAAAUCUCCACUUCUACAAAAACUGACAGAAGGCAAGGGCCAAGAUGGAGAUUCGGGAACUCCAAAGUUCAAAUCUCCAUUGCUGCAAAGCAUUAUGGGUAAAACAAAAAUGGGUGCCAGAUUAUCGGGUACAAGAUUGGACGAGAUGGAUAAAAGUACUGAGAGUCUGACUAAAAGUUCCGAGGAGCUGUCAGAGAAAGAGAAGAAGCAAGAUAUGGAGAAAGAAAAAGAUAUUAUUGACUCUGGAAUUUCUAAUGGUUUGACAGCCUCUGUGAAAUGUGAAAGUACUGAAAAGUUGAUAGAAGACGAUCAUUUAGCAUUGCGUAUAGAUGUUGAUUCUCAUGACAUGGGAAGUAACAAAACUGUGAUAGAGGUUAAAGAUAAGGAAGACAGUGUAGAACUAGAUAAUGAUGAAGAAAAUGUAGAAAAUAAUGUUAGUGAUAGUGAAACUACAGACACAAAAACUGAUUCUCAAACUAUGAUGGACCCAAAUGUUGAUAGUGCUCUUUCGUUGUCGUUUAAUGGUAUUGGGAGCUCUUCUCAUAACGGGGAUCUACAUAUAGAACAGAAAACACCAAUAGAUCCUAAAGAUUUGGUGGACUCAAGUAUUAGUGUUCGAACAGUGGAUUCAUUAGAGAGCCCCCAGACUGGUAACGGAUCUUUCGGUGUGAGCAUCACAGAGUCUCAAACUGUUCCGAUAUCCGACUCAACACAGUUUGAGGAAAUUAUAGACCUAACAGGUGUCCCUUCAAAGCCUAUAAAGUUUGGUGAGGGCUUUGUUAAUCAUAGUGAGGAUUUGUUGAAUUUAAACAACGGAGAUGGUGUUGAUAAUGGGCACCUGAGUGAAGAUGGAGAUGUGAACUCACAUCAAGUUGGUAUACCUAUUGUAGCAUUUGAGGAGAAUGCAACAAGAAGACAAGAUGUCACAGACCUCUUGUCAUGAAGACACAACUGAUGUUAAUGCAUCCAUGGUAACUGCAGAUCUUUCAUCCAAUCAGCACGCAGAAUCCAGCAUGGACAAACAUGAUGCUAUAGGGGCAUCCCAGCAUUCCCCUAGUGUCAAUAAUACACGCAAAUCUAAUAAUACAGAUUUCAAAUAUGUCUCUGUAGGAAAUCAAUCUAAUUAUAGAGAUAAUUCUGGUUGUCAUAGACACAAAAAUGAUUUAGGCCAGAAACUUGAUGACGACCCUGAAGAAAUUGAACGUGUAGACAAUUUGUGGUCCGAAGUUGAAGACGUUAUGGGUCGUCAAUAUUCGGAGACGUGUAAAGUGCUGGAGGUGUAUGGGAUAGGUGAGGGGGAGGGGGAUAGUGAGACAGAGGAGGGGCAAUUGUGGAGAAUGGUCCAGGGGGAUGCACCCUACACUCUAAAUAUUAUUUGAGAUAUUCGUAAGGUGUAAAUUAUUAAUAUAUUCGUAAUUAAUGCCAGAAUAAUAACUUUCUUGCCGCAAUCAGAUACUAAUCGGGUUCUUAAAACUGAAUCAUUGGUUUAGACAAGUACAUAAAUUCUGUUAAAUGUCUUUUGUGAAUGUUGAAAUUGUUAACAAAAUUAACAUUUGUGCAAUAAUACUUCAUACUAUUGGUGUUUUCUGUUAAUAACCAAGGGAAGUAAGAAUGUAAUUUAGUUUGCUGUUUUGAUUUUCAAAUAAACUCUUUAUUUGUUUCUUAACUAAUGAAUAUUGUAUGCAUUUAAAACCUAUAAUGAAGGUGCUUUGAUUUGAUCAAUUCAGAAUAAAUUUCAAGAAAAUCUAAACAUUAUUCGUCCAUUACUGACGUAGGUGCCAAAUCCUGGAUCAUUAUUACCUCCCUUUGAUCAUCAACGUGUUGAAUGGUUGCAUUACCUCCCCCCUCACAUUUUAUUUGUGUUCUAUAUUAUAUAUAAAAUCUGUGAUCCUACUGGUGAUAAUGUAUACAUGUGCUAAGGUGUUUUAAAUAUAAUCAGAAUUGAGUUACAGUGAAAUUUAUGAUACAUGUACAUUGAUAAUAAAUGCACAAAUUAUGUGAUCAAUUAAUUUUUAGAAAUUUUAGAAAAGUCAAGAGAAAAUAUGUCUAAAAGAAUUUUAAAUGUUAUUUGAGCUGAUUAUGGGUUUAAUAUUUUCAUUUGUUAUAAUGAAUGGUAAUAAAUAUUGAAAUUAAAAAGAAAAGGAAUGAAAAUGAUGGACUAAUUAAAAGGAUGAUACUGUUGGAUUCUAUGAAUAAAUCUUUCUGACGUUAUAUUUGACACAUCUUUGUACUAGAAUAUGAACUUAUAUAUAUGUAAAUGGUUGUUCUAACAACGUUUUAUUGCUGAUCUGCCAUUAUUACAUGUUAUAUUUAUUGUUAAAAUCUGUCUUGCUGUAACUAUUAAAUGUGUGCUUUGGUGUUUCCAAGUCAAUUAUUGACUUUAUCUUAAAUAAAACUUGAUAAAUUUGUAAUGCUAUUAAUUGAUUAAUUAGAAACAUGUUUUAAUUGGUUGAAUGGUAAACUGCUAUCAGUAAUUGUCUAGUAUUUGUGAUGUUAUAUAUAUAAAUAGAUGAAGCUCAUUGUUAAACUAUUUCCAUGUAUGUAUAAGGAAUAAUGAUGUUACUCAAUGUAAUGUAUCUUCAUGAUUUUCACAAAUAAUGGACAAAUGUUUUAUAAGGCCCUGUUCAAGCCAAUUGUCUUGUCUUGCUUAACAAAGGUGUUUUACUAUAUUACAAAAAGCUUUUUUUAUACUUAGAUCAUGUUUUCAACUUUUUCUCAAAAUUUACUGGCAAAAUGUGACAGGAAUUUGUUUUGUAUAAGAAAAAGUUUGCAAAUUUUGUGACAUAUGUCAGAAUUUUGAACAGGGUCUUUUAUUUUUAGGACCACAUGCGAAUCAUAUCUCAUAUUUUCGCCUCCACAUAUAUCAUAUUUGCAUUAUUUAUUGGUUAGAAUGAUAUAGAAGUUUAGUCAUUUAAAUUGUGUAAACUGUCAUUCAAAAAAUUAAUUGGCAUAUAUUGGCCAGUAAGAUGUAAGUGAUGUCUGAAUCAUGUUUGUAAUGUAAGCAUCAUGUUGCUGGUGUUAGCAUCAUGUUGCUGGCAUAAGCAUCAUGUUGCAGUGUUAGCAUCAUGUUGCAGUGUUAGCAUUAUGUUGCUAGUGUUAGCAUCAUGUUGCAGUGUUAGCAUUAUGUUGCUAGUGUUAGCAUUAUGUUGCUGGUAUUAGCAUCAUGUUGCUUGUGUUAGCAUUCUGUUGCUGGUGUUAGCAUCAUGUUGCUGGUAAAAGCAUGUUGUAACUGGUGUUGGCAACAUGUUGCUGGUGUUAGCAUCAUGUUACUAAUUUUUGCCUCUCAUUAUAAAUGUUAGCAUUUCAUAUACAAACAUAUUCAUACAAUCAGAAGUAUGAAUGUGUGCAUAUUUAAGUAGAACAAUGGGAUCUAUUUUCAUAAUUGUCAUAUUUGAGCCAUUCUGAACAAGGCUUGAAAUAGAGCUGUCAAUUAAAGGGACACAACCCAAUCUAGAAUAUGUGUUUAAGACCAUAUAAUUAUUUGUAAUCAGUGGAUCAAUCUAAGCAGAAACAGUUGUAAGGCAUUUUAUCUUUAUACAGAGAUACAACAGUUUAUUAUUUUGCUGGUAAUUAUAAUAUCUUUGGGUUAAUUAGUUUAACUUGUCUGACAAAAUUUGAUUUUCUCCUAUACUUGAUCAAAUUGUAGUCGGGAGUUGAGUCCCUUUAAUUGGCUAACACUUCAUAUGUAUUAACCUUUAUUAUUGAUAAUUGAUAGAAGAUAAAUAAAACCCAACAAACAUGCACUGGUAAAGCUUAAAUGUCUGGAAAAAUGUGUAAAAACCACCCAAAAUUUCUGAAUAUACAGUAUUGAGAGAUUUUUAUUUAUUUAUAAGAAAGAUAUGUAUACAAUGUACUUGUAAAAGUUGAUGUUUUUUUUUACACUAUAGCAUUAAGAAUUUCCUAUCUUCAUCUCUGUAGGUUGUAAGACAUUUUGUGAUUAUUAUUAUUAAAAUGAUUUAGAUUAUGUACUGGUUUAUAAUUUUAUAAUAGAUCUUUUUUCAUAGAAUUUUAUAUUUCUCUACAUUUUUAUUAUAGAUUAAAUCAUGUAUCUAACGCAGUAACAUAUUUUUGGUUUUCUCUAACAGAAUUUGGUUUGAGAAAAAUAAAUUUACAUAGAAUUCUUGCUAAAUAACACUCAUUUAACAUAAUAAUAUUUAAUUGAUAUUAACUCUUUAAUUAAAUCAGAUGUGAAAUCUUGGGUGACUAACAAAAUACUUUAGAUUUGCAAAUAUAAUUGUAAUGAUUCAAAUACCUAUAUUUCUGAUUUGUGUUUCAAGUCAUUUAUAUAAUUAUUUCUAAAAAAAUUUAAAGUUAGCUAUUUUCAAGUACAUGUAGAUGGCAUACACAUGUUUAGUUUUGCUCAAUCUGUCACCUGUACCUGUGUAUGUUGCCUUCAAUAUUACAACAGUUAAUUAACAGGUAAUAACAUGUUGAUACAAUCAACUCUAUUAGGUUAUGUCAUUGAUUUCUUGAGAUGAUUUUAUUUGUUUCUUGUUAAUUUUUUAUUUACAUCAAUGUUAUUCACAAAGUGCUAUAGUUAUAUCAUAUAACACAUUCAGUCACUUCUGUUACUAUGAUUUCCUUUUUUCGAAAUUUUGUUUUUGCGUAAAAGGGUCCAUAAAUUUCCUCCUUAAGUUUGGUUGUAGAAUUAUUUACGUUGCUUAGCAACCAGACUGCUUUCGGUGUCAAACAAAGUGUAUUCAUGCCAGCUUUCCUAAUGCAUUUGUUUCUUUUCUUUUAUUAUAAACUUAUAUUCACUUUACCAACAGUUGCCUGAAAUCAAAAAUGGAUAAUUGACAAAAACAGGAGAAAAAAAAUUGUUUUAAAGCAUAACUUGCUAUAGAAAUAACAAUUUUAUCUAGAAUAGUCUCACUUGUUGUACUACCUAGAUGUAAGUAUAGAAAUAAUUCUAUGUAGUGGCAUAGCUCGAGUUGAUCUAUUUACUGUUUCUAAAUUAUGCUUUUUUAUCUGCUUUGCUACACCCCCCCCCCCCCCCCCAAAAAAAAAAAAAAGAAGCUUUUUUUUGUUUGUUUUAUGAACCGCUUUGUUGACUUAUUUAUUUCGCAGCACAAGGAGGAAAUCUAAGCUGGACACCUGACCUGAUAUAACUGAUGAAAGAUCAGCAGAUUUAUUAGAUAACUGUAGAUGAAAAAAGUUAUAUAAUGGCAGUUACCUUUGGUAUAGUAAAAAAAACAACAUACCGUAAUAUAGAAUGCUUGUGCACUUACUUACAUUUUACAGUUUUGUUGUUCUCAAGUAUUGUAAAAAAGACAUUGAAAUUUUCAGUCACUAUGGAAACAUGUCUUAGUUUAUUGUUCUCAAAUAUUGAUAUUUGCAAUUGCUAUGAAAAUAUAAUAUUUCCUACCAUAACAAUAAGAAUACACUUUUUCAUAUUUCCGAAAAAUUUGACAUUAUUGCAAAAUUGUGAAAAUAUUUUUACAUUUAUUGGGAAAGGAAAAUAACAUAAAAAGUGAAUAAAUUUAAAAAACUAAAGUAAAAAUCUCAGUAUGAGUACCAUCAAAUUAACUGCAAUUUGUUGCAGAAUAAAACUUUAUCAGUAUGUUACAAUUCUGCUGGAUCAGAGAGGGAUAGAUAUAUAAUUUACUGAUAUAUAUAUAUACAAUAUAUUAGGUAAACGUUCAUUUUUACAUAGAGAGCAUGCUGGGAAACUACACGUUGUGUUACGUAUAUGACGCUAGUACAAACAGAGUUUUGUAUGAAGUUUCGAUACCAAGUUUUAUGUGAGAGAGAGAGUUUUGAGAGUAUUUUCGUGAUGUAGUGACACUUUGUAUGUAAAGUGUGACUCCUGUAUUCUUUUUUUUUGUUUUUGCACAUUGAUACAUUAUGCUAUGUAUUGUUUCAGUAAAGUGGAAUAAUAUUG